UCGAUGAAAAACAUAGAUGUUUACUUAAAAAAAUAUCGAUGAAUAUCGCGCAUCCCUACGAGCCCUCUUGGCCCUCUUGGCUACUGGCCCGCAUCGUGGACGGACGCAAAUUCAAUAUCUCCAGCGGAACGUGAAAAAUACACCAGAUCCCGGUCUUCAUAAUCACAUGCACCUUAAAAAAAUGGAGAAAGAACAAGAUAAAGAUAUUGGACAUCAAAGCGACGGUGAAAAAAGCGACCAGGCAGCAGGUGGCAGCAGUUCAGCUACGAGAGCGCCACUAGGUUCAAUUGGAUUUCCUGGCGGCAAACCUUUCCACGUGCCGAGUGAGGGUCAAAUGCAGCCCGUGCAAUUUCCACCUGAUGCGCUUGUCGGACCAGGGAUUCCACGUCACGCACGUCAAAUACGCACUCUCCCUCACGACGAGGUUGUGUGCGCGGUGACAAUCUCCAACCCCACCAAGUACGUCUACACCGGAGGCAAAGGUUACGUUAAAAUCUGGGACAUCAGCCAGGAUGGCUGAUCAGUAAAACUUGUGCCUGACGGCCGAACGCUUAUGGUCGGUGGCGAAAAUAGCAACCUCAUUAUCUGCGACCUGGCGGGCCCGACGCCGAGAGUAAAGGGCGGUAUGUUGUUUUCAACAGCUGCUUGCUUCGCUCUCGCAAUAUCCCCGGACUCAAAGUUCUGCUUCAGCUGCCGCAAUGACGGCAACAUCACCGUCUGGGAUCUACAUAACCAGGAUAUGGUCAGACAGUUCCAAGGACACACAGGCGGAGUCUCCUGCAUAGACAUCUCCGCAGACGGGUCUAAAAUCUGGACCGGUGGUUUCGACAAAACCGUUAGAUCUUGGGACCUCAGAGAGGGCAGGCAGCUCCAGCAGCAUGACUUUACCUCCCCGAUAUUCUCCCUGGGCUACUGUCCCACCGGCGAGUGGCUCGCCGUCGGCAUGGAAAACUCAAACGUCGAGGUCCUUCACGAAAACAAACCCGAAAAGUACCAGUUAAAUUUACACGAGUCGAGUGUCCUGUCGCUGAAAUUCGCCUCCUGCGGCAAGUGGUUCGUCUCCACCGGCAAAGACAAUCUACUGAACGCGUGGCGUACGCCAUAUGGUGCCUCCAUAUUUCAGUCAAAGGAAUCAUCAUCAGUAUUAUGCUGCGAUAUAUCAACAGACGACAAGUACAUUGUCACCGGAUCAGGAGACAAAAAGGCAACCGUAUAUGAAGUGAUAUACUAAUAGUAUAUUACACACCUAGGG